AUGAGGCCGAUGCGGCCCCAGAUGAGACCGCCCCAGGCCCCUUAUUUUGACCGAAGACAGGGGCCGCCACAGGGGCCACCACCACAGAGGAGGAUGGGCCCUCCCCAGCAGGGCGGCAUGCGCAGGCCAGGGCCGGGGCCGUAUGGGCAGCAGAUGGGCAGGGGAGGGCAGCAGAGGCAGGACGGGCAGGAGCAGUGGCCGCCAGCUGCCUCCGGCCGAUUUGAGGACGCCGAUGAGGACCCACUGGCCCCCUCACUGGGCCCCAGGAACCGGGGGCGCCGCCAGUCGCUGAUGAAGAAGCCGAUGCGAGACGGUGCGCCUGAGGAGGAGGGCGGUCAGGAGAGGGCCCUGGCCAUGCGCAGCCGCGGCCCUGGCAGGGGCGGCGCUAUGCAGGGGCAGGAGGGAGGGGAUGUGGCCAGGAGGCCUGCCCGCAGGCAAGCAGCACAGGACUGGGGCGGCUUGGCAGAGGUCGACGAGGAAUAUAACAGGGCUGAGGGCAGGCAGGGAGAAAGCAUGUGGAAGACUGGCGUCAACCCGCAGGAGGAGAGGGAGGCCCGGGACGCGAUGGCGCGCUUUGUGGAGGAGGAGCAGCGGCUGGGCUUCAUGCGCCCGGGGCCCUGGCAGAUGGCCGAAGCCGACCCGCCCGCCUUCAUCCCGGUGCCGGCCGAGAUCAUGAAGGAUCGCGAGCGCACCGCCAAGCUGGAGUUGUUGGACCCUGGAUUGGACAUCGCGAUUGGCGCGCCGCCGCCCUCGCGCGUGGCGGCUCCGCGGCUGAGCUCGGCGGAGGCGCUGGAGCGGCUCAAGCCGGACCUCAUGCACACGCUGGGCAUGGCACCCGGCGACGAGGAGGCCUGGGCCGAGGCAGUGGAGGGCAUCGCCGAGGAGAUCGACUCCCUGGGCAUCCAAUCCACCCCCGACACCUGGGGUGAGUUGGAGGAGCUGGAGUCGCUGGCUGCAGAGCUGCUGCCAGAGGGCCACGCGAUGCACGGCCACCUGCAGCGCUCCCUGCGCAUGCUGCAGGCCAAUCCGUCAUGGCCGCAUGAGGCCAAGUGCUCGUACCUGAGGCGCCUGGUGAAGGACCUGACUGGACCGCUGCCCAAGCGCCUGCAGGCCAGAGCUGCUGUGCUUGAUUUCUAGCCAGCUAUGCUGGCCUGCAUGAUGACAGAGUGGGCCGAGGACCGAGAGGACAAGUCGGCAGAUAAAAGAGCUGCACUUGGGAUGUUCAUAUCGUAUGUACGGGAUGUACCAAGAGUGCUUUUGCAACACUAGACGCGUCAUGAUUGGAGCAUGUAAGUGGGAAAAGUUGUAAGUCUCAUAGGAAUCAAUGGUUUUUCAUUCCUUGACAAUGCCUCUUCAGUACUAUAAGAGUCCUGCUGCUAGACAUGUUCCAUGAAAAGACUGUUGUAAUGGCCCGUAC